AUGCGGCUGAGUUGGCUGUUUUUCCUAAUCGCCGUACUUCCCGCUUUGCUGAGCGCUGCCAAGUGCAGAGCAGCACCCAAAUCCCUGCAGAACGUUCAAAUGUGUUGUCCUUUGCCCUUGCCCAACUGGGCCGCCUACAACAGUGACUGCGGCCAGUCGGGCGCGCAGCCCAGCUGCCGGCUGGCCUGCAUAUUCAAUGCCACGAUGGCGUUGCAGGGCCGCCAGCUGAAUCUAGCCCAGGUGCGUCCCAUGCUGGAGCGCGCCUUCACCAAUCCGGACAAAGUCGAUGCCUAUGCCAGCAAUUUCGCGACUUGCGCGUCGCUGGUGCCCGGCAAGUACACGGAGCUGGCUGAGAUCAGCCGCCAGAGCGCUGCCUGCGAUCGCCAUGCGCUCUUCUACAGCCUCUGCGCCUACUCGCGGCUGAUGCGACGCUGUCCGGCCAGCGCCUGGCAGCGUGCCAACAAGCAAUGCCAGGAGGCGAGCGCUUAUAUCAAAAGCUGUGCCUGGCCAGCGCUCAAGAUGUUCAUGAAAAUCACAUAG